AGAGAAUCAAUUGUUAUAUACGCGUAAAGGGAUUAAACGAGCAUAUACACUGAUACGAUAGACGCAUGAUGAAAACAAUGUUUUCCGCUUGUCUCAUAGUUCAUGUUUUGUACAUACCUGUCGCUGAAGUCAUAUACGCUUCGAACAAAAAAUAGUGAAGAGCCUUAAUGGCUGAAUUCAAAAUACUUUUUCGUAUGACAAAGGUUAGAACGGAGUAGAUCGCAUACAUCCAAUUAUUGUUAAAUGUAUUUAAAAAUAAAAUAUAUAAUUAAAUAAAAAUAUUUUAUAAUGAAUGUAUUCAGAAUAGUAUCAUAUGUAUCUUAUAGAGCAUAUAGUAGAAAAAAUGUUGGUAUUCGAAGUAAAUUAAAGAUAUUAGAAGAUGUUGGAUCAGAAGUUAACCUCGAAGAAUUGGAUUUUCAUGAUUUAGAUCAAUUUGAAGCAGAGUUCAUGAAUGCUGAUAAGUUUCAUAAAAAUUAUGAGCGGGAAGUGAUAAAAAAUAGAAUCAAACUCAAGAAUCAAAUUGUUGCAACAAAAUAUUUUAAAAAAGACAAGGAUCCUAACUUCCUUACGUCUGUUGAAAAAGAUCAAAUAUUAAAACUGCAUCAAAAUAAUCCAGAAGAAUGGACUGUAGAAAUGUUAAGUAAAAGUUUUCCAGCUUUACCAAAUACUAUUAAAAAAAUUUUAAAGUCAAAUUGGUCUUACAAAUCAGUAAAACGAAUUUUGCAAUAUGAUGCUACUGUUAUUAAUAAUUGGAAACUAUUUAAAACAGGAAAAUUAUCUGUGAGUCCUGUUUUGCGAGAACAUUUAGCAAAAUUUAAAGAUAGAAAGAUUGUUUUACCUAACAGACAUCUCUUAGCAGAAAAGUUAAUACCACCAAAAUCUGAACUUCCAAAACCAAAAAGUACUUUUUUUACAAAUAUUGUACAAAGUUAUUUAGAUCAGAAUAGAAGUGAUCAAUGCAAUAAUAAAAUAUUACAAAAUAAUACAGAAGCAAUUACAGAUACAAAUCUUUUAAAUAAUACUAUUAAUAAUAAUACUAUUUCAAAAAAUAUGCUUGACAAAGGAAGUCCUAUGAAACAGAAAAUAUUGCAUAAAGAUAAUAUAGCAUUAAUUGGAUACAAUUCAGUCUCAUCUAAAAAUAAAAUUACUUUCGAUGAAUUUGCAAAGAAGGAGCUUACAAAAAUUUAUGCAAAAUGUCCAGAAGAAGGCAUUACUUUACUAAAUGCUUAUAAAAAUCAGCUUAAAAAACUUGACAAUACAUUUCCUGAUAUUAAUGACGAUAUUGUACAAUCAGAGCAUAUAAAAGCAUUAAAAGAAAAAGAAGUAGAAGAAAACAAAGAAAAAGAAGUAGAAGAAAACAAAGAAAAAGAAGUAGAAGAAAACAAAGAAAAAGAAGUAGAAGAAAAAAAAGAAUUGAGUUUUUCAACAUCAAACCAAGAAAAAACACUAACUUCUAUAAAAAAAAGUGAACCACCUCAACUUGUUCCUACAGACAAAAAUGAUUCCAAGUUAGACACUUAUGUGAAAGCAUGGAAUAAAAAAAUAGAAGAACAUGAAGUAUAUUCACGACCAAUACAAAUACCACAAAAUAUAUACCAAAAAGGCAAAACUUACAGAAUUUCUGAUUGUUAUUAUGAUGAUGAUGGAGAGUUUUUGUAUAGAGUACCAGGUGUCAGAAAUUAAUGAUAAUACAAAUAGAUAAAUGCGCGCGCGCGCGUGUGUGUGUGUGUGUGUUUGUGUGCGCGCGCGCGUGUGUGUGUAU